AUGGACUCAACACAGGCCCCCGAGGCUGCGGAUAGCCCAGCAGCAGCGAUCACCGACGUGCCCCAAGAAUGCACAUUAGACAACCCCGAAUCAGUAGCCCCUGAGAAUCACGCCACCACAUCGAUUACAGAAGACGCCGCGGCGGAUACAUCAGCAGGCAAUGCCGAGAGCACCGUUACCCCCGCAGCCGAAGGCGCGACCCCCCAGCCUCCCAUCACCAAAAGCCAGAUGAAGAAGCUGAAGCGGCAAGCCAUGUGGGCGGAGCGCAAGGAGGACCGCAAGCGCCAGCGCAAGGACAAGCGCCACGAGAAGCAGGCGCAAAAGCGAGCAGAGCUGGCCAACAAGAUCGCCGAGGCCGAGGCGGCAGGUCUCGACCCCAAGGAGGUGCUCGCCGCCGAGCGCAAGGGAGCCGAGAAGGCCCGGCCGCAGACGGUGCCAGUCACCUUCAUCAUGGACUGCGACUUUGAGCAGUACAUGAACGACAAGGAGCUGGUGUCGCUCUCGAGUCAGAUCGUGCGCUCGUACUCGGAGAAUAGGAAGACCAGGAUCCAGGCCCACCUCGUGGUCUGUCCCUGGGGAGGCAAGCUGAAGGAGCGGUUCGAGACGACGCUCGCGAAUCACCACAAGGGUUGGAAGAACAUCCAGUUUCUGGACCAGGACUUUGUCCAGGCGGGCAAGGCUGCUCUGGAGCACAUGAAAGGCCCGAAUGGCGGGAAAUUGAUUGGCGCACUUGCGCCAAAGGAGGACACAGUGAUGGGAGAGGCAGAUUCUUCUGGUGCAGAAAAGACGCUGGAGGAUCCAACCCCAGUCCCGGAACCCGAGGACGGAUCGGUAGAGUCGUCUAUCGUCUACCUUACCUCAGACUCGCCCUACACGCUCGAGAGGUUAGAACCCAACACGAGCUAUGUAAUCGGCGGCAUUGUGGAUCGCAACAGACAAAAAGGACUCUGUUACAAACGGGCUUGCGAGAAAGGGGUACGAACUGCCAAACUUCCCAUCACCGACUAUUUGAUCAUGGCAAGCCGUCAAGUCUUAACGACCAACCAGGUCCUUGAGAUCAUGUUAAAGUGGCUUGAGUGUGGCGAUUGGAAGGUGGCUUUUCAAUAUGUUAUCCCCAAGCGCAAGGGAGCUGUCGUCAAAGAGGAUAACUCAGAGGCGGGCCCUGCUGAAGAAAAUGACCAGGAUGGUGAUGAUUACGAUGAAAACAGUGAGAACGGCAACGAGGAUGAUAAUGAAGCUGGUGAUGAGGGUGGUGGUAAGAAGGAGGAGGUAAAUGACGAGGCUGAAGCAGUCUCGAAUACACCCGAUCCAGCGCAAGACAAAUCAAGUUAG